GGUUAAUUAAGGAGGCUCAAAGACGCCGGUGGGAACGGCAAGCAGCAACGACUAAACUCUUCCUCCGCUUACUCCUCCUCGUCUCUCCCGUCUCCAAGAGAGGGGAAGAAGGAGUUCUCCUAAUCCCUCGCCGAUCCCCAUUCGUCCCUUCUUUACCCGCCGAUUUCCGCCCUGGGCGACGAGAUCCCGCUCCGGGUCCCUUGCCCCUCGCGUCGCGUCGAAGGAAUCCCUCCCGAUCGAGCUCUGAGGCUGGCGGGAGUUCAGAUGCCACAGAGUGCGCGAGGUUUGGAGCUGUGAGCAUCUGAAAGUUCAGCUGGAUCAGAGAUGGUGGAAGGCCCGAAAUUUACUGGACUCAUGGGCGGCGGCGGUGGAAACGACAACGGGAACAACUUCUAUGACAUGGCAUACUACCGAAAGCUCGGGGAGGGCUCCAACAUGUCCAUAGAAAGUGGAAAUAGCCUACAGACUACCAAUGGUGGAGGGUCCAUUGCGAUGUCAGUGGACAACAGCAGUGUGGGGUCGAGUGACUCCCAUACUGGCAUCCUCAACCAUCCUGGACUUCGUCCCAUGCCCUCCGCUAAUUAUUCUGUGAAUCACAGCAGACACCCUGGAAAGGUGUCUCAUGCGCUCAAUGAGGAUGCACUGGCCAAGGCAUUGAUGGACCCCCAUUCCCCGACGGAGACACUCAAGGAUUAUGAUGAGUGGACCAUCGAUCUGGGGAAGCUCAACAUGGGAAUGCCCUUUGCGCAGGGGGCCUUUGGAAAACUUUACAAGGGCACCUACAAUGGAGAAGAUGUUGCCAUUAAGCUGCUAGAAAGGCCAGAGAAUGACCCAGAAAGAGAGAGGUUGAUGGAGCAGCAGUUUGUGCAGGAGGUCAUGAUGCUGGCAAACCUGAGGCAUCCAAAUGUGGUUAGGUUUAUAGGCGCAUGCAGGAAGCCGAUGGUUUGGUGCAUCGUGACUGAGUAUGCAAGGGGUGGCUCAGUUCGGCAGUUCCUGAUGAAGAGGCAGAACAGAUCGGUGCCACUGAGGCUGGCUGUCAAACAAGCACUGGAUGUUGCCAGGGGAAUGGCCUAUGUGCACGGACUGGGCUUUAUUCACAGGGAUCUCAAGUCAGACAACCUUCUCAUUUUUGCAGACAAAUCCAUCAAGAUUGCUGACUUUGGAGUGGCUCGGAUUGAGGUGCAAACUGAGGGAAUGACUCCAGAGACUGGAACUUACCGCUGGAUGGCUCCGGAAAUGAUCCAGCACAGACCUUACAAUCAAAAAGUUGAUGUCUAUAGCUUUGGUAUCGUCCUGUGGGAGCUUAUAACUGGUAUGCUUCCCUUCCAGAACAUGACAGCUGUUCAGGCAGCAUUUGCUGUUGUCAACAAGGGUGUGCGUCCAAUCAUACCGCAAGAUUGCCUCCCUGCACUCGCUGAGAUAAUGACCCGCUGCUGGGAUGCAAACCCUGACGUACGCCCCACUUUUGCUGAGGUUGUCAGAAUGCUGGAGAGUGCCGAGAUGGAGAUUGUCAACUCUGUCCGCAAGGCCCGCUUCCGUUGCUGCAUUUCCCAGCCGAUGACCAUGGACUGAAGCCGGAUGGAUGUUGAGAGGCAGAGAAGGCGAGGCAGCCUCAGUGUAUUUAGCAUAUUAAAUGACUGAUCGCGGAAAGUAGGAAAUUUGUUGUGUAUGUGGGUUUUAGUUGUUUUACCUUUACAAAAGGUUACCCUUUAUAUUUACUUCAGUUUCUUUCUUGUUGGAUGCUCUGUUGUAUUAAGUUCCAUAGUUUAUUUCGUCUUGGUUAAACCUGGGUGCUCCCAUCUUCUUACAGGUACACACGGAAGAAAGAUUCGUUUGA